AUGGAGCGUUACACAGACAAAGUGGCGCAAGGUUUUGAUGUUGCAAAGACAGGUGAUGCCCGAAUUGGGUUUGUGGGUUUUCCAUCAGUGGGGAAAUCUACUCUUCUAAGUAAUCUUGCUGGUGUAUACUCUGAAGUGGCAGCGUAUGAAUUCACUACACUGACUACCGUGCCUGGAGUCAUUAGAUACAAAGGAGCAAAGAUACAGCUACUUGAUCUCCCAGGAAUUAUUGAGGGUGCCAAGGAUGGUAAAGGCAGAGGACGGCAAGUCAUUGCAGUUGCUCGAACCUGUAAUCUCAUUCUGAUUGUUCUGGAUGUGCUGAAACCCCUUGGUCACAAGAAAAUAAUUGAGAAUGAACUGGAGGGAUUUGGAAUUCGUCUGAAUAGUAAACCCCCCAAUAUCGGCUUUAAAAAAAAGGAUAAAGGAGGCAUUAACCUUACAGCCACAUGUCCUCAGAGUGAGCUGGAUACUGAAACAGUGAAGAGCAUCUUAGCAGAGUAUAAAAUUCACAAUGCUGAUGUCACACUGCGCAGCGACGCCACUGCUGAUGACCUAAUUGAUGUUGUUGAAGGGAACAGGGUUUACAUCCCAUGCAUUUAUGUCCUAAAUAAAAUUGACCAGAUUUCCAUUGAGGAACUAGAUAUCAUUUACAAAGUACCCCACUGUGUACCAAUAUCUGCUCAUCAUCGCUGGAACUUUGACGAUCUGCUGGAGAAAAUUUGGGACUACUUGAAGCUAGUACGAAUCUACACCAAACCUAAAGGGCAGCUCCCAGACUACACCUCUCCUGUGGUACUACCUUACUGCAAGACCACAGUGGAGGAUUUUUGCAUGAAGAUCCACAAAAAUCUCAUUAAAGACUUUAAAUAUGCAUUGGUCUGGGGUUCAUCUGUUAAACACAACCCUCAGAAAGUUGGUAAAGACCAUACUCUUGAAGAUGAGGAUGUUAUUCAGAUUGUGAAGAAAUAAAGUUGUUCUGACGUGGUUUGC